CCUCUUUCACGAACCCUCGCUUACGUUCCUCCUCCGCCCACACUUAACGAAUUAACCGUCGCUUGCUGGGAAGGCAACGACGAGAUCGCGGCUUACAGAGAACACCGAAACUCCCAUCUUUCUCACCCUUCCGCUCCGCUCCUACCAGCCUUUUCGCUCCAUUCUUUCUUUUUGUUCGUCCUGGAUUUACUAAAUCCGCUGAUUCAUAGGAUUUUUUGGGAAAACGGAGCAGAAGGGGUAUAUAAAGUUGUCAUUUUUGUUGUUUUUAGGAUUUAGGUUAAAUCCUGCUCAAAUACUGCUACCAAACAACCCAAAAAAUUGGAAAGAUUGCUCCCUCUUAACUCUUAUUCAAACCCUCACUCCCCGCAUAAAUAAAACAUCUUCUUAGCUUUUCCUCAGCGACCAUGGCUAUGAGAGAAGACAAUGAAUGCGUGAGAGCCGCUAUCUACUCUAAUACCAAUUCCACUUUUCCUUCCGUUAUAAAAGAUGGAGCCGUCUCGGGUGUUCUACCAGAGGCUGAGGUUGUCGCUGUGCACUACCCCGGCUAUCCCUCUUCUGCUUCCCGCGCAAUCGAAACAUUAGGCGGCCUACAGAAAAUCACCAAGGCGUUUGGUUGUGCCCUCCAGAACCUCGACGGCACGCAAGAUUCGGACAAGGAUCGAAGGAGGUUCCUAACGCUCAAGUUUAGACCCGAGGAUCCUUACUGCCAUCCUGCAUUUGGCGAGCCCCGCCCUUCCACAAGUCUUCUUCUCAAGAUUUCACGAACUCCGAACGUGAAUGACUCUGCUUACGCUGGUGUUUCGCCAGAGCGUGCCGAACAACUUUCUGCAGAUGUCGUUGCCAAUGUUUCGCUGGCUUACCGUUUUGAAGGUAUGGCGGAUUAUCAACAUGUGAUUGCUGUCCAUGCAGCGGAGUCAAGGAGAAAGAAAAGACCUUGGGUUUCUGAUGAUGAAUUAUUUUUAGAUGAUGAAGGUAAUGUGGACAUGGAUAAUGAGGAUGUCAUGAAGUUGGUGCCACCUCUCUUUGCUCGCAAGGACAAACCAGAAAUGAUUGUGUUGAAUACACCAACAAAUUUACUAUCAGAAAGUUUGCAAAAAGGAGCUGUUGAAUACUCUUGGGAGAUGGAUAUUCAGCCCUGCCAUGCCAUUCCUUUCAGCAUUCAUAAGAUUCCUGAGAAGAUUAAUUGGGAAGAUAAACUUCUAAAAGGCACGACCGAGUGGAAAGAACAAAUGGCUGUGGCCAAAUUAUUUGAAGAACGUCCUAUCUGGCCUAGAUGGUCACUACAUGAACGCUUGCUUGAUGAUGGUCUAGAAGUUACUGAUUAUUUGCUUAGAAGGCUUUUAUUCAGAACAGGGUACUACUUUUCUCGUGGCCCAUUUGGUCGAUUUUGGAUCAGAAAAGGUUAUGAUCCUCGUGAAGAUCCUGAUUCCCGAAUAUAUCAAAAAGUUGAUUUUCGGAUGCCACCUAGCCUGAGAAAUCUCAAAGAUGUGAAUGCAAAUGCUGAUGGUCGGUUGAAGCAUAAGUGGAAGGAUAUAUGCAAAUUUCGAGUAUGGCCGUCAAAAGCCUCUAAUUGUUUGCAGUUAUUUGAACUUGAUGAUGAUUACAUUCAUCAAGAGAUUAAAAAACCUACAACUAUGACAACUUGCUCGCCUUUAACGGGAUGGUUCUCUGAGGCAAUGUUGAAGGCCUUGAGGCUACAUGUGAUGAUAAGAUUCAUGGAAGUAACACCUAAUGGAGCUCCAGAGGAAUUGUUGAAGUCCAAAAUUGAACACUUUAAACGUUGCAGGAAUAAGGAAGCUCUUAGUAAGUUCUGGAAACCUGAAAAGGAGCUUUGUCAUGGCGACCAAGAUGCUAGCCUCUCCCGGCAGAUAGGCGGCAAAUCUAAAAUCACGAAAAAAGAGGUUCAAAAGGAAGUUUGCCGACUCGAGGAUGAGGAGUGCGAGGAAGAAGAGGAAGAACCAGAGGAGCCUGAUGCAUAUGAAUCACCUGAAAUGGUUCUUGAAGAUGGCGUGCUUCCCUAUUCUGCCUCUUAUGAAAUGGGAGAUACAAUCCCUAAUGAAUACUUGCAGGAGCUUCUUAAUGGAUUUACAUAUACCAGCAAAGAUGGUGGAGGCCGGCAGACUGGUUCAGGUGAUGAUGAAUACCAGAUAUAUGAGCAGGACAGUGAUGAUGAUUAUGAUUAUCUUUAAUUCUAUUCUUUUAUGAAAGCUCCCUCCACCCAAAAAUGGCUGUCCCUUUUUUGUUUAAAUUCGUUAAUCUUCGUUGUAAGAUCUUUGGUUUAGAUUUUUUAUAUUUAGUUUAAUUAUGAUGGUCGUUUAGAUGUGGUCCUGUAUGAUAUAUGUAGUGCAUGUUUUAUUUAGAUUUUUUG